UCAACUCGAACUACCGUUAAACCAAUCAUUAGGCUCCGAAAACAAAGGCCACACAGGCAGCAGCGUAUUUUUGCGAUUUUACCCCAUUUAACGCUGAGCCGUGGAAAUCACGGACCUCUAAUAAUGUAGUUAUCUAACGGGUGAUUUUUUUGAGGUUAGGAUUUUCAUGCAUUAGUAUUUGACAGAUCACGUGGGAUUUCAGACAUGGUGUCAAAGAGAAAGAUGCUCAGUAUGCUUUGACAUUUCAUCAUGAAUAGACUUACUAACGAGCAACGCUUGCAAAUCAUUGAAUUUUAUUACCAAAAUCAGUGUUCGGUUCGAAAUGUGUUUCGCGCUUUACGUCCGAUUUAUGGUCUACAUAAUCGACCAAGUGAGCAAACAAUUAAUGCGAUUGUGACCAAGUUUCGCACUCAGUUUACUUUAUUGGACAUUAAACCAACUACACGAAUGCGUACAGUGCGUACAGAAGAGAAUAUUGCGUCUGUUUCUGAGAGUGUGGCUGAAGACCGUGAAAUGUCGAUUCGUCGCCGUUCGCAGCAAUUGGGUUUGUGUUAUUCGACCACAUGGAAGAUUUUACGCAAAGAUCUUGGUGUAAAACCGUAUAAAAUACAGCUCGUGCAAGAACUGAAGCCGAACGAUCUGCCACAACGUCGAAUUUUCAGUGAAUGGGCCCUAGAAAAGUUGGCAGAAAAUCCGCUUUUUUAUCGACAAAUUUUGUUCAGCGAUGAGGCUCAUUUCUGGUUGAAUGGCUACGUAAAUAAGCAAAAUUGCCGCAUUUGGGGUGAAGAGCAACCAGAAGCCGUUCAAGAACUGCCCAUGCAUCCCGAAAAAUGCACUGUUUGGUGUGGUUUGUACGCUGGUGGAAUCAUUGGACCGUAUUUUUUCAAAGAUGCUGUUGGACGCAACGUUACGGUGAAUGGCGAUCGCUAUCGUUCGAUGCUAACAAACUUUUUGUUGCCAAAAAUGGAAGAACUGAACUUGGUUGACAUGUGGUUUCAACAAGAUGGCGCUACAUGCCACACAGCUCGCGAUUCUAUGGCCAUUUUGAGGGAAAACUUCGGACAACAAUUCAUCUCAAGAAAUGGACCCGUAAGUUGGCCACCAAGAUCAUGCGAUUUAACGCCUUUAGACUAUUUUUUGUGGGGCUACGUCAAGUCUAAAGUCUACAGAAAUAAGCCAGCAACUAUUCCAGCUUUGGAAGACAACAUUUCCGAAGAAAUUCGGGCUAUUCCGGCCGAAAUGCUCGAAAAAGUUGCCCAAAAUUGGACUUUCCGAAUGGACCACCUAAGACGCAGCCGCGGUCAACAUUUAAAUGAAAUUAUCUUCAAAAAGUAAAUGUCAUGAACCAAUCUAACGUUUCAAAUAAAGAACCGAUGAGAUUUUGCAAAUUUUAUGCGUUUUUUUUUAAAAAAAAGUUAUCAAACUCUUAAAAAAUCACCCU